UUACCCUAAUUUUCACUCAUUUCUCCCUUCAACCGCGACCGUCGUUCCCAUCCCAGCAGCGAUCGACGCCACCAGCCGCCGCUGCCUUGCCGCGUCGACUAACCGCCGGCGAGGCUUACCGUCGCCCUCAGCCGCCGCUCUUCGGAGCCACUUCCUCCGACCGACGCCGCCCUUUCUCACCAGCAGCUCCGCCUCGAACCGUCGAGUUCACCUUCCUCUUCUUCUUGUAUUCGGUUUAUUAAAUAGGUAAAGAUGGGCCGAAAGGCCGGAACCUUGUACAUCAAUCCAAAGAAAUUUGGGAAUCUUCAAAAACCUUGUGUAAGAGAGAUGGUUUCAUUUCUCCAGUGUUUGACACUUAGCCAAAACAGCGACGCAAGAUGCAGCCGGCAAAAGUCACUUCUGAGUGCCUGCAUGGAUGCUCAGACCGGCAACAAACGAAAGCCUUGGGGUAGCAUUAAUUAUCAUCUUCAGAGGCUUAAUCGCGGAGGCAAGUAAGGCUUUAAUCCUUACUUUUAUCGCAAUUUAUUAUGCCGUCGAUAUUACAAACUACAUGGCUUCUUCAUUAAACACAAACAAGAACUUGUCUGAAUUUGAGCUCAUGUUUCUUGCAGCUAGAGCUUGUUUUCUCUUUUUUUAUUUGUUUUUUUUUUUUUUAAGUUCUUGUUUUGAUAUAAUAAUAGUAUCAUGUAGUGAGUUAAAUUCAAAGUUUUGUCUAUGGUAUUGAAUUAGUUUGAUCGUUGGA